AUGAAUAACCCCAACGAAUAUCGCCCCGAACGGCCGUCAAAACGGGACCCCGCUACGGAUACAUUUUUGAACCAGGCUGACGAACUAGAACGGCUCCUUCAAAAGAAUAGAUUUAAAAUAUGGGGCUUUGUGAUUUAUCGCUGCACAUAUCAAAGUGACUCUGACUGGGAAAAGUUUAUGGCUCGCUUUCUACACCAUGUUACUAAAUCACUUGAAUUCUAUAAUGGUCUGGAUCUCUUAGACAGCUUUGCCCCUACUGUCUUUGAAGACCGAUCCUUUAAUGGUGUGAGCACUGCUUUUCUGCGUAAGCAUUUCCAAGAGUGGGCUGUGACAGCGCCAGAAAAAGAACAGGGCGUCGAUAAUACUUGCUUCCCAGAAUCAGGUCGGUAUCGGUUCUUUAUUAUGGUGGACCAGGAGGCUUUAGAGUCAGUUCUGGGCGCGCCUGAUCUGGAAGACAGUAAUAAAUAUGGAUUUGUCCGUCUGGUUAAUGGGUUUUGGGAGCCGCAGGAACUGGAUGAGGAUGAAUUAGCAGCAUAUGGGGUAUCUAGCCAAUCAGAGAUUAAACAGUAUGAGCCUCUGGAGGGAUGUACUUUGGAGGAUGUCGGCUGGAUGAAAGUGCUUUAUGAUGAGGCAGAGACAUGGGCAUUCCUACAUGUCUGUGAUACCUUUGACUGGUUGACAUAUUACAAGCGUCCUCCGGGUAUUCAGAAAUAUAUCUAG